AUGGUUUUUCGCAUCUUGAACAUGUCCGCUAUCCCACUCAUCGUCUUCCUGGUCCUCAUCUGUGCUUGCAUCACCAGAAUAUUCAGAAUUGGAUACAAUGAUCAUGAAACUGCUGCAGAUGCUCCAGAUACUGAUCACUAUCGUGAUGAUCUUUUUCAGCUCCGUUCCCAUCACUCUGAAAGAUUACGCGAGUUUAUGCAAGGAAUAAAGGAGCUGGUGAUGGAAGCAUCAGAUGGUUUUGUGUAUGAUCAAACUAAGGGCAUUAAAGGCUGUGAAAGUGGAGAAAAGUCCAGCAGUAUUAAUACUGGAUGUGUCAUCUGCUUGGAAGACUUUAAAGAUGGAGACGUAUGUAGGGCUCUUCCCGAAUGCCACCAUGUCUUCCAUGAAGAAUGCGUAGUCUCAUGGCUGAUGCAGAGCAAUUCCUGCCCUAUCUGCCGUGCCUUCACUGCCGUCUUUGUCCGAAGGCUGCCUGUGUGA